AAAUAGGAAAAAGGAAAACGAAACUGAAAAAAGCUUCAAACUUGAAACCUCAAAAUUCUUGUAUCUAACGUACCAACACAUUACAUCACAAACUGAAACAAAACAAAAACCUUUCAAAACUCUCUCUGCCAAUGAAGCAAACAGAUGAAUAACAAAUCACUCUCUUCCGUUCUCUUCUUCACUUUCACGUUUCUCUUUCUCUUCUCUCCGAUACCCUUUUCCAAUGCUCUCGGCUCCGGCACCACCCUCGCCGUCGUCGACACCACCGCCACCGUCUGCGGCAUAGUCUCAUCGCAACCAUCUCGUCGCAUUGUUUGUUACCGCAACGGCAACAUCAUCUCCGCCGUGCCGGAAGUCUCAUUCACCUCGAUCUCCGGCGGAAAAAACUACUUCUGCGGCAUCAGGUCCGGUAACUACAGUAUCAUCUGUUGGAACACUGUUUCAUCAAACACCACCUUUGAAAAAAGAAGACUUUACUAUAAUGACACUGUUCUAUACGAGAAUCUCGCCGUCGGUGAUUCUCACGUUUGCGCCACGGUGGUCGGAGUUGGAACGGUGUCGUGUUGGAGGAUCAAUAAAGGUUUUGUUUUUCCAUCUGGGUAUGAUCAAUUUUCUUCAAUAACUUCUGGGUUUGGCUUCUCUUGUGGAAUUCUUAAGAAUAAUCCAUCUGGGUUGGUUCGUUGUUUUGGGAAUGUGAAUUUGAAUUUGAAUGAGUCUAUUGCUAAAAAUAUAGAGAAUGAGUUUCUGAAUAUUUCUAUGGUGAGUCUUGUAGCUGGUGAAUCACAUGUUUGUGGAUUGAAUUCAAUUGGGUUUUUGGUUUGCAAAGGAAGUAACAAUUUUGGUCAAAUCGAUGUUCCUAAUCAAGAAAAGGCUUUUGAGUAUUCUGAUUUAGCAUUAGGAUCUGAUCAUAGUUGUGCUAUUAGAAGAUCCAAUGGUUCUGUUGUUUGUUGGGGUGGUAAAGGAUUGUUUAAUGUUGAUGUUACAAAAAGUGUUUCUUUCGAGGUUAUUGUUUCUGGUUCCAAUUUUGUUUGUGGAUUAACAACAAAUAAUUUUUCAGUAAUUUGUUGGGGUCCUGGUUGGUUUAAUAAUAAAGAUUCAAUUUUUGAGCUUCCUUUGCCUCCAAUUCUACCAGGGGUUUGUGUUCAAUCUUCUUGUAGUGAAUGUGGUAUAUAUCCUCAAUCUCAGUAUCUUUGUUCUGGUUUUGGUAACAUUUGCAAGCCACAACCUUGUUGGCCUCAAGUGCCGCCGCCGGAGAAUCAAAGGUGGCUUCCGGUUUCAAGGUCAAAGACCUUGACAAAGGGUUUAUUGGCAUUUGCUAUUGUUGGAUCAUUAGGAGCUUUUGCUGGUAUUUGCACUUUGGUUUAUUGUUUGUGGAAUGGUGUGUGUUUAGGUAAGAAGAAAGUUCACAAUUCAGUUCAACCAACAAUCACUAGAGGUGGAAGUUUCAAUGGUGUGGGGGUUUCGAAUUAUAGUCCGCCUUCGAGAUCUUCGACCAUUAGGCGUCAAGGUUCGAGGAUAAUGAGGCGUCAGAGGAGCGGAACUUCAUCGACGAAACAUCAUGAUAGGUUAGAUGAGUUCACUCUUGCUGAGCUAGUUGCUGCCACCAACAAUUUCUCACUUGAGAACAAGGUUGGUGCUGGUAGCUAUGGUGUUGUUUACAAAGGUAAACUCGCCGAUGGCCGCGAGGUAGCUGUCAAAAGAGGCGAAACCGGUACUAAGAUGAAGGUGUUUCAAGAGAAAGAGAGUGCAUUCGAGUCCGAAUUAGCCUUUUUGUCGCGUUUACACCACAAACACUUGGUUAGGCUAGUCGGUUUCUGCGAAGAGAAAGACGAAAAACUUUUAGUGUAUGAGUUCAUGAAGAAUGGAGCAUUGUAUGAUCAUUUACACGACAAAAACAACGUCGAAAAGAAUAGCAGUGUCUUGAAUUCAUGGAAAAUGAGGAUCAAAAUUGCGUUGGAUGCUUCGCGUGGAAUUGAGUAUCUCCACAAUUACGCGGUUCCAUCUAUAAUUCACCGAGACAUCAAGUCUUCAAACAUCCUCAUCGACGCGAAUUGGACUGCAAGAGUGUCUGAUUUCGGAUUAUCAAUGAUGAGUCCGGAUUCCGAACACGAUUACAAACCAACAAAAGCAGCAGGAACAGUCGGAUACAUCGAUCCCCAAUACUACGGUCUAAAUGUAUUGACAGCAAAAAGCGAUGUCUACGGUCUCGGCGUAGUAUUACUAGAACUAUUAACAGGAAAAAGAGCUAUAUUCAAGAAUGAUGAAAAUGGAGGCACACCAAUGAGUAUAGUAAAUUUUGCAGUGCCUAUGAUUAUAUCAGGAGAAUUGGUGAAGAUUUUGGAUCAAAGAGUUGAAAAACCAGAUUUGAAUGAAACAGAAGCAGUGGAAUUAGUGGCAUAUACUGCAAUGCAUUGUGUGAAUUUGGAAGGAAAAGAUAGACCAACAAUAGCUGAUAUUGUUGCAAAUUUGGAACGUGCUUUUUCUCUUUGUGAUAGUAGUCAUGGAAGCAUUUCAAGUGCUACAAUCUCUACUGGAUCUGAAUGAUAUUCAAAUCUUUCUAAAGGGUAACAUAGUUGAAUUUUUUCAUGAUUUUUAUUGAUUUUUUUUUUUUGUGAUAAAUUAUAUGGUAUACAUACUCUUUGAGGUGUAAAGAUUAGGAAUUUGAUCUAACAUAGCAUUAGGCUUUAGUGUAGAGUUUUGUGAGACACUAACAGCCAGUAAAGUUGAUUAUGUGACAAUUUUCUUUUGCAAUUUCAUUUUUCACACGAGAAUUUUACUUUAUUUGUAAUUUUUUUUUGCAAUGGGUUACUGCAUUUGUAAUCAUUGUUUGUUACAGUUAAAGUAGUAUAUCAAUUGUGUUCAA